UGGCCCAGGGGCGGCAGUGCGGGUUCAGGGGGCGGCGAGGGUGGGUGCCUCCUUCGUUGGAACUACAGCCCCUUGACAACAGCCCGCGACCAUUCUCGCCCUCGGCGGCAAACCCGUACGUUUUGCACACGUAGUAGUUUCGCACGCUCGAGGCCGCGAUCAAUCGGGGGUAAUAGUGCGAUCAGUCGACGAUCCCAGUGCACGAACGUCGCCGUCGCCGUCGUCGUCCUCCUCUCCAAGAGGAGGAUCCGCGCGCGGCGUGCUCGGACGACAGGCUCCCGCUCGUUCAGUUUCAGCAUGGAGUGUCCCAAAGCGGUAGAACGAGGUCGGAAUUUUCGUCUACUCGCCGAAGAAGAACUGUCUAAUCUUUUAGAUUUUCUUACGGGAUACUUGCCUGAUUCGUUGAAGUUUCAUCAAACCGUACUAACUUACAUACGGGAUAGAGUGUGGGAAUUUCAUUUCUACGUGGCCAACGAUUGGCCCGAAGAUGCAAUCUGCUUACAUUUUCCCGGAAUGACAUUAUCUCCACAUGGUUUAGUACACGAGAGCGUCGGUGUCUUCUGUCCCAAUGAUCGGCUCGAGUUACUUCGUCUUCUUCGAGAGGAGGACGUUCUGCUAGACUGGUCAAAACCUUUGUACAUUAAUUUCGUUCACUGCGAUAUCGCCGAGGAGUUAACGCGUCUUUACGAAGAUACCGGUACCAUUGAAACGGUCGUGGGUGAUGUCUGCGCGUGCGAAAUCUUCGAGCUGGAAGGAGAGGAGAGCCAGGGUGAGAUGACCAAUCCUGAUGUCCAGGUACUACCUCUAAAGAGUGAGCAUGCCGAAGGAAUACAUGAAUUAUAUCCGGCGAAUGAUAUGGAAUGUCACGAGCUUUUUCUUCGACUCAUUGGAAAACUACCUGCGGCGGGUGUGUUUGCGAAGGGCAGCUUGGCUGCUUGGAUGGUUCAAUCUUAUUACGGAGCUAUGUUCUCUAUGCAAACCAAGCCGGAACAUCGUAGAAAAGGUUAUGGGACAAAAUUAGCAAGGUACCUGACAAAACGCGUAGCCGAGAAAGGGUAUUAUCCAUUUGUAGUGAUACGUCCAGAAAAUGAAGCUAGCCAAAGUCUGUAUAAGAAGCUGGGCUUUAGGCGGCUUUAUCAACUUGUUCGAAUGACUUUUACGCCUUUCACAUGGCAAGAGAAUGAGAAUGAUUCAAACAUUCUUAGGGAUAACUUGGAAAAUGCCGUUAGACAGCUCACAAUCGAGCAAAGGGUAAUAACGGCUUUACGCGAUCAGCAGGAGAACGAGGAAACAAUACGAGAUUUUACGGGAACCACGGAGAACGAGUCGGUCAACGUCAAGUCCGAAGGCGAGGAACAAGGCGAGGAGGAAGGCGCCAAUGAAAAAGAACUCCUUGAAACUAUCGAGGAACAGCCUGAGGACAGGAUAAAUACCGCGGAGGACAACAGUACGGUAACUGAAGCUGCACCGGAAAUUGUGGAAGUUAACGGCUCUUGCUAUGGCGACGAAUAAACUUAUAGGGAACGUUUAUAGCGAUAAACGCGACGGUCCAUAAUUCACGUUUUGUUUGCUCGAAGACACGCUCUUCGCCAAGGAAUGUUGAUAAACAGCGAAAUAUUUAAGUCGCAAACGGAAGUCGUAAAGUUCUCUUAGGAAUGAUAUGCAAAUAUUUCUGUGUAUCUUUUCUAACAGCUACUUGUAUCUAUAUUUAGUUCGAUAGAAAUAAACGUCCACAUAACUAAUAAUAAUUAAUGAAUCAUA